AUGCCGUUAGCGACCGUUGACGAUUCCGGGUCGCAGUGCUACUAUGAGGACACGGGCGCCCCUCCCAAUUCCUCUGACUACACGACACUUGUGCUUAUCCACGGCGCAGGUCAUCAAGGCGCCGUUUUCGGGCGUUUGUUCGACCGUGCAGCGAAACAUAACAUGCGACUGGUAGCAGUCAACAUGCGUGACUAUGCUCGCUCGACCCCUUAUUCGCAGUCCGAGUUGGGCGACUUGCGUAGUGCGGAUGUCGAGAGGCAGGCGGCAGCACUCCGUGCUCGUGGGCUCGAAGUUGUGGUGUUCCUGCUGUGGUACAUUCGCAAGGAGCGCAUUCCUCCAUUGUCUGCGAACACACAUGAGGGACGCAUAGGUGGUGGCGGAAUAUCGCUGCUUGGCUGGUCAUGGGGUUGCAAGAUGGCCUUGUCCUGCGUCGCGCGUGCGCAGGACUUGCAGCUCGGCGAUAGGGAGCUCUUGGCAGGUUAUAUACGAGCACUCAUCCUCUUCGAUCCCAGUCCUCGUGUGUUCGGUGCUCCGAUGCUACCUAUCGAGGACUGUUUCAAUCCCUUCUACGACACUUCGUCAACACCAGAAGAGACGCAGAAGAACUUCCCCGAAUGGGUCUCCUCAUACUAUCUACACUCUCCUGUCGUGUUGGACGCACUCCACUCCGACGGGUACGCAGAACUGGCUAAGGUGCUAAAUGCGGACGUCAUUGCACGUUCGCAUAUAUUUUAUGAAUUUCUGGACGGCGAAGUCUACAAGGAUACUAUGCGUCGAGCAUUGCAUGACACCUCCAUUUGGCCGGGAUUGCGAGUGGUGCUGCUGUGGUGUGACAUGUCCGUUAGCGCAGUGGUUAUGUCGUCUUGGGGCCUGCUGAAGGAGUAUCAUGGCGACUGGCCCGCUGGUGGGAGACGUAUAGACGCAGUUCGGAUGAAGGGUGCUAAUCACUUCCCGCAUUGGGAUUAUCCGGAACAAACGAUGCAACUACUGGCCGAUAUCAUAUGGUCUGAAGACUCUGUUCCCUCAGUUGUCCAGAUGGACGACACGCCGGAGGACGUUCAGUCCUGGUUGUAGUACAUGAUUCAUGUGC